AUGCUCGGAGCCCGGCCCUGUGAGGUCGCGGGGCAGCACAAGUUGGAGGAGGCCCUGCUGUUUUCAGGUCAGUUCAUGGAUGUUUUGCAGGCCUUGGUUGACUGGUUGUACAAAGUGGAGCCUCAGCUGGCCGAGGAUCAGCCUGUACAUGGGGACCUCGACCUUGUCAUGAACCUCAUGGAUGCCCAUAAGGGCGCACAGCAUGGACUGGCGGUGGUGGCGCAUCUGCUGGAGCAGCGGGGACAGACGCACCUGGGGCGCUGCCCGGGAGCCUGCAAGAGCCAGGUAGUUGGGCGCUCCGGGAGGAGCGGACUGAACAGGAGUGACGCCCUGCCCACCAAGGCGGGGCCACUGGGUCCCACAGCUGGCGGAUCCAAGACACAGGAUCCACAGCCAGGAAAUGCAACCAAGGGAUCCCACGCCCCGCAGGAGGUCCAGAUUCCUGCUUUCCCCGGGAAGUUCGUCCAUCACCCACCCGCGGUAGCAUCUCGGUGUUGCCACCACCGGCGAUACCAGCCGCAACCCAAAGCCCCUUCCCGGGGCGGCCGGUUCCGCGGCCUUGGCCCCACCUCCACGCGCCGCGAAGGAGCCAAGGGCGCGGAUGCGCGCCGGGUGAGCGCCCCUCGGCCUGUCCGCAGAAACGCGCGCCGGGGCCUGUCUGGCUCCCGCCUGCCCGCGUCCGCGCCGCUCUUCAUGCUGGACCUCUACCACGCCAUGGCGGGCGACGACGACGAGGACGGCGGGCGCUCGGAGCGGGGCCUCGGCCGCGCCGACCUGGUCAUGAGCUUCGUCAACAUGGUGGAGCUCGACCACACCCUGGACCCCCAGGAGCCCCACUGGAAGGAGUUCCGGUUUGACCUGACCCAGAUCCCGGCGGGGGAGGUGGUCACAGCCACAGAGCUCCGGAUUUAUAAGCUGCCCAGCCUGCACCAGAGCAACAAGACCCUCCACAUCAGCAUGUUCGCGGUCGUCGAGGAGCAGUCCAACAGGGAGUCUGACUUGUUCUUUUUGGAUCUUCAGAUACUCCGAGUUGGGGACGAGGGCUGGCUGGUGAUGGAUAUCACAGUAAUCAGUGACCACUGGUUGUUGAACAGUAACAAGGACCUUGGGCUCACAAGGGCACAGCAUGGAUCCCGGCCUGGCUGGGCUGCUGGGGCAACAGAUGCCACACUCCAAACAGCCUUUCAUGGUCACUUUCUUCAAGGCAAGCCCAAGUCCCAUCUGAGCUCCUUGGGCAGUGAGACCCCUGAAGAGGAGGCCACCGAAGAAAACUAAUGAGCUGCUGCACCCAAACAAACUCCCAGGGAUCUUUGGUAAGGGCCAGGACAGGGCCUGGUUAUGAGGUCAGGCAGGCAUUUGACCAAGAGGCUGGACAGGAACCAGGUGGUGCCCACAGCCCUCUCAGGUCCUCAGUGGUUCAUGCUGUCUCCUCCAGUCAUCUUCCAGACACUGUCUUGCCCCAGUGUACCCUGACGACUGGCCACUCCACUCUCUCAGGCCUCUGAGCCUCUAUACUCACUCUCCCUGCCACCUGGCUCUUCCAGAAGGAGGCCUUACCCAGAAUCCUCCAUCAGGACCACUUGCCCCUUCCCCUGGGCAGCCACAGCCCCUCACAGCCCUGGGUUCUACCCUGGGCACCUUCAGGAUCUGCACUUGUUAUGCAAAGGUCUCCCUACUAAGUCGACCCCAGGGAGUCAGGGACUGGCCUGACCUGCCACUUGCCCUCCUACAUGGGGAGUUGGCCCUUUGACAACCCCAAUGUGAGCACACUUGAAAGUGUGGAAUGGACGUGGUGCGGCUGGAGGGUGGGCUGGAGUCAGGAGGUGUGUCUGGAGGAAAGGCAAAGGCACGGCAGGCCCAGGGUUCUAUUUAGUUGUUUACAGGAGCAUCACGGGGCACACAGGGUAAAAACUGGCGGCCAGGCUGAGCCUGGGGUACUCUGGAGCAAGGGGAACCCAUGAAAUGGUCCAGAGCUGGAUUGUGGCAUAAGCGGAGCCCCAAUAAGACCAAAUGGUUUCGUUUUCAAUCAUUUAUUUACAUGUUCCCUGGGAAUAACCCCUGCUAGCUGGACAGAAUGGGGACCCAGAAAAGACUGUGCUUUCUGUCCCCUGAAGAUGAUGUGCAUGGCUCUGACAGGUGACAGGUUUACUGACGUAACAAGCUCUACAUCAGCUUCCAGGACCUUGGCUGGCUGGAAACUUCCUUUUAAAAAAAUUUUACUGUAGUAACAUACAUAUAAUGUAUAAUUUCCCAUUUUAUCCACAUUGAUGUAUACAAUUCAGUGCUAUUAAUUACCUUCACAAUGUUCCACUACCAUCACUCCAUCCAUUCCCAAAACUUUUUCAUCACCCCUUAAUCUACUCCUUAAACAUGAAUUCCUCAUCCCUUACCCUGCCACCACUGGUAACCUGUAAUGUACUUUCUCUCUUUAUGAAUUUGCAUACUCUAGGUAUUUCAUAUAAGUGAAAUCAUAAAACAUCUCUUACUUUGUGUCUGACAUUUCACUCA